AUGGAUGAAAUAUUUGCUCCGAAUUUGGCCUUUGAGGCGAUUAGCACCCAGACCAGAGAGUCGUUCGAUGGAUGGCUGAACUAUUACUUUCCCAGUGUCCGCGCCUGCGUUCAGUCGCGUGUGAAGGUGGACUGGAUGGCAUUCUUACGCAAUGGGUGGUCCACGUUUCCUCCAGCCCUUGUCUGGGCUAUCCGCGCCCUAACGGCCUUGCUAAUGGGGGCCUCACAGGGCAAUAAGCAAGCAAUCCCCUGCGCUCGUCAUAUACCGAUGCAGCUCACAGACGAGACUUCGGCAGCAGCUAUCUUGUUAGGCGGGUAUGAAGUCCUAGACGGCAGCAGUGACCGUGGCUGGAUCAUUCACGCUCGUGGUAUCAGCCAGUUGAUGCGCGCCCGUGGGCCUUCUGCACAUGAAAAUGGCAUGGGUAGGACGCUUCUCAUGUCUUGGCGACCUUACAUCGUCGCAGAUGCCUUCAUUCAUGAAACGUCGUGCUUUUUAGGCGAACCGGAAUGGUCACGCAAAUGGAUGACGGAAGGUAUUGCCCGAACGGAAGAUGAGCAAGGAAUGGGGAGCUUGAUAGGUCAAACAGUGGACUAUGCAUUCAACGAAGUUGCCAAAUGUCCUGGGUAUUUAGCAAUGACGAAAGCAAUUGUCAUCAAAACCCCGUUUGGCUUGGUGUUUGACACAAAUCCACUAAUGAUUUACAUUUUCCAUUCGAAAGGAAAUCUCGUUCUGCUGGACCGCACGUUAUCUGCUACAGAACUGUCAGCCACCUUCAUUGGAGUAAUUCCGUCGAGGCAUGCUAUGGCUUUAGUACAGGCCUCCCGUGAUUGUAUCAAAUCUGCUAUCCUAUUACUCGAACUGUUAGCGGCUACGCUCCAGUCCCUCUCGCAGUGCUCUACCGAGGUCAGCUCGGUAGCUCGCCGUGGAGGCAUACACAACGAUCAGGUAUGGCGUCUUUCUAAAGAGAGAAUCACGCCUGCAAUUCAAACAACUCCACUGUCUGGAGGUUUCCGGAUCGCCGAAGACACAGAUCCAGGAACAUAUGCCAUCGGUGAUCGACUGGAUCACUUUUCAUUGACCAUGGCAAUGGGGAGCCUAUCGCUAGAUGCUUGUGGUAUCCAUCAGCUCUUCGCGAAUGAUGCCAUUCCAGGUUAUUUCAUUGGAGUUUCUCCAACUCAGAGGCCUUGA